AUGCGCGAAAUCGUCACGCUCCAGCUCGGUCAUCUCAGCAACUACCUGGCAACGCACUUUUGGAACGCACAGGAGUCGUACUUUACAUACGGCGACCAGGGGAAGGCUCUGGUAGACCACAAUGUUCACUGGCGCCCGGGCUUAGGGCAGGACGGCACCGAGACGUUUCUGCCUAGGACCGUCGUCUACGAUCUCAAGGGUGGCUUUGGCUCCCUCCGAAGGAUCAAUCCUCUUUACGAUGGCGCUUCGACGUCAAGCGCGGCGGCUGACUCCCUCUGGUCCGGCCAGCCGGCGGUGCACAAGCAAGAGGCUGUGAGCCCGAGCGCCUACCAGCAGAGCCUCGACGCCGACACUGAACCCCAGCGGCCGACGGCGUCGACGGUGCGCUACUGGUCCGACUUCUCGCGCGUCUACCUGCACCCCAGGUCGGCCGUCCAGCUCUACGACUUUGAGCUCGGCUCGUCCAUCCGGCCCUUUGAGCGCUUCGCCAUGGGCGCCGAGUUGUUUGGAUCCCUCGACAAGGAGCACGACAUUGUCGACCGCGACUGGCGGCCCUUUGUCGAGGAGUGCGACGCCAUGCAGGGCAUCCAGGUGCUGACCACACUUGACGAUGCCUGGGGCGGCUUUGCUUUGUCGUACCUUGAGGCCCUGCGCGACGAGUAUCCAAAGUCCUGCAUCUGGGUCUGGGGUCUCCAGGCGCCCCUGCUGGAUGCCUCGCGCCAGCAGCGCCAACUGCGCCUAGCCAACACGGCCCAGAGCCUGGGCCAAUCCUGCUCCAUGGCGUCCAUCGUAGUGCCCCUCACGAUCCCCGACACUCAGACUUCAACCACCCUCGCCAUCGACCGUAGCUCGCCCUGGCACGUGUCCGGUCUCCUAUCCACUGUCAUGGAAAGCGCAGCGCUGCCGUCUCGCCUGGCUGCCGGGCCUGGCCAACGGCCGACCUCUCUGAGCGACAUGGCCGAGUGCCUCAACACGAGCGGGCGGCAGACCUUGGUCGGCGCCAAGAUGGGGGUGGGGGCUCGUGCUUUGGAGCCGGACGCAGACACGCUGGACGUGGGCUCGUUUUUCCCGGGCUGCGGCAACGCUCCCGGGGGACAUGGCCGCAUCUUUGGCCAGCUAUCCACCUGUCGGGGCACGGUUGACGACAAGGUCCCGGCCGAGGAUGCGUCAGGCCGGGAGCCAAGGCACCGUGUGGGCGAUCCCAUCAUUCGCAGUUACACCUCUUCGCUCCUGUUCCCCCUACCAAGUAGCUUCCCGCCGGUGUUCCCAGACGCUUCGGCCGACGAAGCCGCAAUUCCAGUGCGCGCUGUUUUAUCCACCGAUUCUUCAAUGUCGGCACGGGUCAAGAUGCUACAGUCCCAAACAUCUCGGUCCGUCACAUUGGAAGACCGGGAGGCGCUCAGCAGCGGUCUCAUGGACAUUGCCGAUGCCUACCAAGAUGGCUGGUCCAGCGGCAGCGACGAGGGCGACGACGACCUCUGA